UGUAAAAAGACACCUGAGCCGAAUCCUCACAUCCGUUUUCAACAGGAAAUGUGUACAUUUAUAUAAUACUGUAUCUCUGAAAACAUCCUCUUACUGCCAAAGCUGCUACGGGUGGCCUAAACCUAACUUUCAAUUACGACCAAAAAGCUAAGUUUUGUUUUCAGGAUUUUUUACCAAUUUUGACUGUGUUUGUGUUAUCUAUUGGAAACCCGCUUUCAUCUGUUGUAAAACGUUUUGCAACAGAUGAAAUGUUUUGCUACGGAAUUCGACUAAUGAAUACACCCAGUUGUAUUGAAGGCAACAAUAGGUCCCCCAAAUUGACAGCUGAGAGAGAAGAAAUGGCGAUGCUAGGAUCCUUUAGCUCUGCACAGCAGAAGAAAAAUGUUUCUGGAGGCGACAGGGACGUGACAGAGUUCCUCUGCCCGGUUUGUCUUGAGAUUUUUGAUAGCCCUGUCACAACACACUGUGGACAUACGUUUUGUCAAAGUUGUCUGCAGGCGUGCCUGCGGCCCCAAAAGCCAGUGUGUGCCGUGUGCAGGGCAGCACUGGGUCACUGGGCCAAAGCCACUGACCUAGAUGCCCUCAUACACACCUCUGUGGCGGCCUGCAAGGGCUGUGGAGCACAGGUUGGCCUGUCCCAAAUGAGAGGCCACACGGCAGCCUGCUCCAAGUACCAGGAGUACAUUGAGGAGGGGGUCAGAACCACUGCCCAGACCCAGCCUAACAUUAUCGGCUCUGUGCCCAACCCCUUCACCUUCUGCCCCUACUGUAACUCUCCCCCUCUGUCUCCAGCCCUUUGCCGAAUCGCUUCACCUUCUCCUGCCCGUACUGUAACUGCCAGAACCUUGACCAGGACGGCCUGGUGGAGCACUGCACUUCCCAGCAUGCCCGGGACACGCGCCACGUGGUGUGUCCUAUCUGUGCCUCUAUGCCUUGGGGAGACCCUAACUACAGGAGCGCUGACUUCUUCCAGCACCUCAAGAUUAGACACACCUUCUCUUAUGACACCUUUGUCGACUACUCCACAGACGAACACACUAUGAUCCAGGAGGCUCUACAGCGCUCCCUCAUGGAGAACUGAGGUGGUGUAUGUCUGGAGGAAGGAGGAAAAGGGGAUUUGGGUGGGGGGAAUUGCACUGCACCCUCCUUGAGCUGGGCUAGUGGUGUAACCAUAGGCAACAUAAUAUUAAGGGUGGGUGCAACUUCCUGCCUGCAUAACCAGGAAGCUUUGAGCCCUACCGAACAACUCCUCUUAUCACUUUAAUAUUAGACAAUAAUCAUUCAAACAUAAAUAAACCAAUACAAGUUGAACACAGUUAAUGUGCUUUCUGGUGUAGGAGUGGUAGAAGAGUGAUGUCCCUGUAUCUCUCCAGAGAAGCGUGUUGUAAGAUCAGUCAUAAUCCACUGAGUCAUUAUGAUUUGAUCUGUUCAUUGAUAACAUUGUCAUGUAGGCCUAAUGUACCUGACUCCCAAAGUUAUGUUAGUUUGCUACUGUUGAUUCUGCAAUAAGAGGCUUUGACCACUAGGUGGCUACCCUUUGCCAACAAAAUGCAAUGAGACUUUGUUCUUCAAUGCGAGAAAGCAUUGUAAGGUGUAAACUGCCAGUAACUCUUAUUCCAGGAGGAAUGUCUUUAUAUAAUGUGUACUCUAAAUACUUUUCCUGAUGAGAAUAGAUGUCUGAGUGUCAAACCUUCUCCCUGUGGUGUACACUUGUUCACACAAGAAACUUAAGUAGUGUUUUUGUCUUUUACUGUAUCCUUUUUGAAUUUCUCCCAAGUAGAGACAUGGGUCAGUGUGUUGCUUCGGAGCCUAGACUACUGAAUAUGGUGAUAGAGGCUGCAUUCUGAGAGUAGGACUUCUAUGCAUGUGACAUAAGAGCCAUAUUCCUUGAAUGUGGCAUUCCUCCGUGUAACCUCUCACGGUUUUCGAGGCGCAUGCUAGACCCUCUUGCUGGUAGAUGGCCUUCAUUUAAGACAUCUGUAAGUUAUUUAGUAUUGAUUGGUUAAGAUAUUAAGUAUGAACCUCAUACAAUCAGGCAGUAUCUGUCGUUUAAAUAGUUUAUCAUUGGACAAUUGGAUUUGAUGCACUGCUAUGGGCCCCCUGUAGGCUGUAGUUCCCCAUGUUUGGCCAAAGGAGGGCAGUAGAGCUCCAUCACUCUCCAUCUAACAUUAGAGGCACUGUUCCAUUUCCAGCAUCAUCUCUAGACUUGCUAUUAGGAGUGCAGGCUUUCGUUCCGGUCCAGCACUAGCCUACACACACACACACACACACGCCUGUUUCGAAUAAUCAACUACUCAUAGUCUUCAAUAUGAACCACGAUACGAUGGAUCAAGUACUGGGCUGCAUCAAAAGCCUGCUUACCUUAACUCCUGGGUGACACCCUUGCUCUGCCAUAGCUGGGUGGCUUUCAAUAGCAGCGAAAUAAGAAAACAUAUUUAAGGUACGAACUUAUUCAAUAAGAAAACAUUUUGUUUUCUAUUUCAAAACAUUUUCUGCUACCCGUUCCUCUGGAACAUGGCCCUAAUGUUGAUGGUGAGCAUUUGGAUGAGAACUUCAGAUGCUUCAGUCAAGUGUUUUUAUUUGUGAAAGCAUAUCCUAUUUAAUAAAUGAUUUGUUCUGGCUUUGUAGAGCUACUGGAUCUCUUUUACAGAGCUUUCACAUUAUGCCAGAGUUUCUGCCACAAGUUCAUAAAACAUACAUCGACUAAGUUUUAAUACAUUGAUCAGUUAUGUGUGGUCAAGGAAAUGAUGGAACUUCAAAGGGUGAGGCCUUUCUAUGCCUGGAAUGUGUAUGAGGGGAAAAAAUAACAUUGAAAUUGAAUGAUUUACAUUUUUGCCUGAUUUUCAUAAGUGGGGGUUGAAAAUAAUAAUGAAAUGCAUAAUUUUCCUUAUGAUCAAUCAAUAAAUAGCUAGGUUAAUGAAGGUUUUUGUUUAUAAUUUGAGAAAUGUUCAUUGUGUAAAUUUUCUUAAGUAAGCCUUGCGUUUAAAAUCUACGAACCUGUGGUAACUAUAGGAUAAAUCACGCUCAGCUGAAGUAGCACUGGUUCGGAGGCUGAAUCUGGUUUUGCAUAAUUGUACUUUAUACCAGGAUUUUUUUUAUUUUUUUUUCUCCAAUAAAAAUCUUUAUACGUGU